AUGUCUGAUGAAGAAGAUAACUAUGAUGACUUCAUGCUAUCGGAUGAUGAAGGCAUGGAGUCCAUUGAAAUGGAAGAGGAAAGCGGUGAUGAAGACGAGGAAAUGUUGCGACUAAAUGAAGAGGAUGAUCGAGAACAUCAAGACCGAGAUGUGGGACAGCAUUUACAGCAUGUGCAGGAUUCAUUGGAGGAGGACCAUAAAGAGGAAGAUAUUUGUGAAAAACUCUUUGAGCAAGGUCAAAAUUUCAAGAGGGACGAACAAUACAAAGAAGCUCGUGAUUCAUUUCUGAAGAUAUAUUAUAGGGGUGAAUUUUCGUGUGAUGAUGGUAUGGAAAGGCUUUUGGCGUGGAAAUUUAAGGCAUUGAAUGAAAUAUUACGUUUGAGAGCAGCACAGCUUUACUUUCAAAAAAACUGUACCAGGGAUUUAGCCCUUCAAGUUCUUGAAGAUACAGCAACUAUGUCGGUUUUCUUACAAAGAAUGGAUCACCAAAUCAAUAAAAAUGUAUCUGAAUUGCUCUCAGACACUUUUGAGAUACUGGCACCCAAGUGGGAAAGAGUGUUCUUAUUCGACGUGGAGAAGGUUGACAAAGAGAAUAUGAUCUGCAGAAUUAAGUUUCAAAAAAAUUUCAUGGAUCAGUUCCAAUGGAUAUUGAAAAAGUCAGACAAAAACAGCAAACUCAAAAAUCUUCAGUAUAUCAUCAGAAAGAAGUUGCUUAUUGCACUUAUCUGGCAUCGAAGAUUAACUACGGGUGAUAUUUUCAUUCCAGAAAUUUCUUCUCAAAUACAAAAUAUCGCUCGGGGUAAUGAACAUGCUUCUAUUGAGGAUAAUAAUGAUUUGGAAAGCGUGUCAAUACUGCUGCAGUAUUACAUAUUGGAGUUUAUGAAGUCUGCACGAAUAAAAAAUAGAAGUUUAUUCGAAAAAUGCAUAAGAAACUUUGAGCUGAUGAUAUCUAGGUCGCUUACCUUCUCGCAAGAGUCUGGAUUGAUGGUAAUAUUGUAUACUUCCAAGGCGGUUUGGAUUUUAGACUCUGAUUCGGAAGACGAUAUCUCCUUCGCACUGGUGAAUUAUUAUGAUCGGAAAGAAGAAUUGAAAGAUAUGUUCCUUCAUAUUUUAAAGCAUUUAGAGGAGAUGGGGAAAUUCCGGGAGAGAGAUAUUACUUCUCUGUUUCACAAAUUUGUGCUUUGCGGCUUCAUCUUCACCAGCAUAAUUUUAGAAGCUAUCAGUACCGAUAAAAUUAAUCCAUUUGAUUUCGAACAGGUGAAGAUUGCCUUAGGUAGCCCCGUUGUUAGUGUGUUAAAGAAUGUCUACAAAUGUUUUACACAGUUGGAAUUAAGAGAGCUAAACGCUAAUAUAUCUCGUAUCCCCGAAUUGUCCAUAGUACUGAGUAAAAUCAUUCAAGAUAUCUACUAUCUGGCCCAGACCCUAAAGCUAUGGAAAAAAAUCGCACGAUUGUAUUCUUGCAUCUCCAUAAAUGAUAUCAUAAUGAUGCUGCAGAUAAGUAAUGAUAAUGAAAUGACAAGAGACGAUUUAUUGACAAUCUUAAUGCGAUCAAUCAUGAAAGAUAGGUCGAUGGUGUAUUUCAAGUUAGAUUUAACUAGUGAUUUGGUCUAUUUUGGAGAUGAGAACAAGGUCAUGCUACCGAGGUGUUCCAAAGAAGAAUUUCGUUUAACGGGCUCUCCCAAAGAUGAUGGAUCCACGGCAAAUGCCAGACUCAUAGACUUUGAGUAUGUCAACGACGUCGGAAUUUACAGUAACCCGACGAGAAUAAAAACAAAGUCCUCUAAAGAGUUCUUUAAUACGUUAAGAAAAUCUAGGGAAACGGUAAAGUUACCUAAGGUAAACGAUCAGUCCAAUGAAGAUGUAUUUUUACCAUCGUAUGUGAAAUUUUCUAACAAGUACUUGGAGCUGACCAAGUUAGUGACAAACAAUCUGGCCCAGAAUAUCACAUGA